AUGGAUGUACAUUAUUACAUGCCCGUUAAGCAUGAGGCCGAAAGGUUCCAAGCCGCGGCAAGCUCACCCAGGUACCUACUGGAGUAUGGUAGUCAAGCAAGCAAGCAUGUAGUGCUGCAGUCGGUGGUAUGGCAUGGUAAACUUAAUGCCCUCUUCUUUGCUUUGCUCUGCUUUGCUCUGCUCGCUGCUGACACACAAGCGCGCGUAGCCGAGUUUAAAGCCAAGCCUGUGAAUGUGAAGAAGAGUUCGGUAGGACCCGCCGUGCGUGACAGUAAACAAAUGGAAGUUACGGACGACGACAACGGAAAAGAGAGCUGGAGAUCUCUGGAUUACCGGUACCUGAUAAUCUGGGGAAGGGUUUGGUGGAAAUGUGUAGUGUACGCAGUAAUUGAGGACAAACUGAAUUUCAGGGGUCGAUAUACAUAUGUGAGGUAUUUUCCGUUUUUGCGCUUUUUCAUUGAGAAGACUGAAGGGUUGGUUGGUUGGGUCGGGUCGGAUCGGAUCGGUGAUGGACGGCCAGGAUGCUGA